GUACCGCUCUGAAUUUUGUAUGUUCGUGUUAUUAAUCAGUGGUGGGGCUGCAUAAAGUAGUCCUAGCAAUAAAGGAACCAAUCACUUUGCUUAAUAGCUAGCCCCCAAGUCCCAACACCCCACUCUCAGCCCAUUGUUCUCUAGAUCUAAUCUAUAGAGAUUUUUUUGAAUUCCCAACUUUUUUUUUAAUCAAUGGUUCACAGAAAAACAAUGCUCCCUUAUCUGUUAUUGCUGCUUUUAGCACAUGCUGGUUGGGUAACCACAGCAGAUCUAGAAAAUUAUUCACUAGUUAAAAACAUAUUCAUUUUAGCAGGUCAGAGCAACAUUUCCGGCCGAGGCGGAGUGAUUAAUCACUCACUCCGUCCCGGUUUUGUUAAUGAGUCGUGGGAUGGUGUCAUCCCACGUGAAUGCGAGUCCAACCCAUCAAUCCUCCGACUAAGUGGAGGACUUAAAUGGGUUGAGGCUCAUGAACCCCUUCAUAAGGACAUAGAUGUGAACAACACUUGUGGGAUUGGUCCAGGGAUGCCAUUUGCCAAUACAGUUUUGAAGAAAGAUCCAAGUAUUGGAGUAAUUGGGUUGGUUCCUUGUGCUGUUGGAGGAACGAGUAUUACUGAAUGGGCUCCAGGCGGCUUCCUUUACAAGAAUAUGAUAAAGAGGACAAAGGCGGCCACUCGAGGCGGCGGAAAGAUCAGGGCAUUGUUGUGGUUCCAAGGUGAGAGUGAUACAAAGACACUUGAGGAUGCCAAAAUGUAUAAGGUCAGAUUGGAGAGAUUCUUCAAGCAUGUGCGCCACGAUCUGGAACUGCCUAAUCUAACUGUUAUUCAGGUGGGAAUUGCAACAGCACUAGGGCCAUACAUGGAGUUGGUGAGGGAAGCUCAGCGAGAGAUAAAUAUUGGGAAUUUGAAAUAUGUGGAUGCCAAAGGGUUGCAGAUCGGGCCAGAUUAUACGCACCUUACUACUGCUGCACAAAUUCAGCUUGGACAGAUGCUCGCUGAUGCCUUCCUCCGCCCCAAUUAGAUGUUGUUGACCUGCUUGGUUCACCUAAAAAUAGCGUAAUUUCAGAUUUCGAUUGAAAAAUUGCAACUAUUUCAGAGGGAUAGAAGAAUGUUGUUACUCUUACUUCACAUUUUCUCCUCGCAUGUAACAUUAUUAAAAAGGAGUGAACAACUCUAUUUACAUGGUCUACAAAUUUCACGCAGUGACCCUAUGCUUAUUGUUUUCGUUCCUUCUCGAAACGAAUAUAAUAUAUAAUUGGUUUGCCUCAUGUUA